AUGAUUUCGGCGUCGCCUCCACCACAUCUAUCAUUCUCAUUUCACAACGAUAACCUCACCCUUCACAACAGAACCAUUAGAAGUCUAAACAUCAACAACAACAACAAAACAAAAAACCCUCUUGGUUCAUUCACACCUCCAUGUUCAUCCCUCUUAUCUGCUCCCACAAUCUCAACCCAUGAAAAUGCGCCAAAACAACCUUUUCCUCUCCAACAUCUUCGCAAUCUCUGCAAUACCGGAAACCUCAAUGAAGCCUUCAACUUCCUUCAAUCAAAUCUCAACGACGUCGUUUCACCCUCUAACAUUAAAUCACAAAAAGCUAUUGCCAUCAUACUACAAGCAUGCGGACGCCACAAAAACAUCGAACUCGCUCGAAGAGUACACGCCUUUGUUUCCACGUCAUCCGUUUUCCGAAACGACGUCGUUCUCAUCACUCGCAUUCUCACCAUGUACUCUAACUGUGGCUUUCCCUCUGAUUCCCGUUUCGUCUUCGACGAGUCGCGGAAAAAUAAUCUCGUCCUCUGGAACGCGCUUCUCAGCGCUUACUCCAGUAACGAGCUUUUCCGCGACGCAGUUUUGUUGUUUGUGGAGUUAAUUUCUUCGACGGAGUUUUUGCCCGAUAACUUCACGUUGCCGUGUGUUAUUAAGGCGUGUGCGGGGCUCUCUGAUGUUAAACUCGGAGAAGCUAUUCACGCGUUUGCGUUGAAGACGAAGCUUUUCUCUGAUGUGUUUGUUGGGAACGCGUUUGUUGCUAUGUAUGGGAAGUUUGGGUUUGUGGAUAGUGCACUUAAGGUGUUUGAUAGAAUGCCUGAGAGAAACUUGGUUUCGUGGAACUCGAUUAAGCAUUCGUAUUCUACUCCCACAAUCUCAACCCAUGAAAAUGCACCUAAACAACCUUUCCAACAUUUUCACAAUCUCUGCAAUACCGGAAACCUCAAUCAAGCCUUCAACUUCCUUCAGUCAAAUCUCAACGACAUCAUUUCAUCCUCUAACCUUAAACCACAAGAAACUAUUGCCAUCAUACUACAAGCAUGCGGUCGCCACAAAAACAUCAAACUCGCUCGAAGAUUACACACCUUUGUUUCCGCGUCAUCCGUUUUCCGAAACGACAUCGUUCUCAUCACUAGCAUUCUCACCAUGUACUCUAAUUGUGGCUUUCCCUAUGACUCCCGUUAUGUCUUCGAUGCGUUGCGAAGAAAGAAUCUCGUCCUCUGGAACGCGCUUCUCAGCGCUUACUCCAGGAACGAGCUUUUCCGCGAUGCUGUUUUGUUGUUUGUGGAAUUAAUUUCUUUGACAGAGUUUUUGCCUGAUAACUUCACGUUGCCGUGUGUUAUUAAGGCGUGUGCGGGGCUCUCUGAUGUUAAACUCGGAGAAGUGAUUCACGCGUUUGCGUUGAAGACGAAGCUUUUCUCCGACGUGUUUGUUGGGAAUGCGUUUGUUGCUAUGUAUGGGAAGUUUGGGUUUGUGGAGAGUGCACUUAAGGUGUUUGAUAGAAUGCCUGAGAGAAACUUGGUUUCGUGGAACUCGAUUAUGCAUGCGUAUUCUGAGAAUGGUGUUUUUGAAGAGAGUUGUGGUUUGUUUAAGAGGUUUAUGAUUGGUGAUGAAGGUUUGGCGCCUGAUGUUGCUACGAUGGUGACAAUGAUACCUUUGUGUGCAGCACAAGGUGAAGUUGAACUGGGGAUGUUGCUUCAUGGUUUGGCUUUGAAACUUGGCCUUGUUGGAGAAUUGAAGGUGAAUAAUUCUCUCAUGGAUAUGUAUUCGAAAUGCGGUUACUUAUGUGAAGCACGAGUUCUGUUUGAUUUCAAUAAGGAGAAGAGUGUUAUUUCGUGGAAUUCUAUGAUCGGGGGAUACUCUAAGGAAGGAGAUUUUCGCAGAACUUUUGAGUUGUUAAGGAACAUGCAGAUGGAAGAGAAGGUAAGAGUGGAUGAGGUGACUCUGUUGAAUGUUUUACCGGUUUGUGUGGAAGAGAUUCAGUUUUUGAAAUUGAAGGAGAUUCAUGGUUAUUCUUUAAGGCAUGGAUUCCUUCGGAGUGAUGAAUUGGUUGCCAAUGCUUUGGUCGCUGGAUAUGCAAAGUGUGGUUCACUGGAUUAUGCGGAGGGUGUGUUUGCUGGUAUGGAGUUGAAAACAGUGAGUUCUUGGAAUGCGGUGAUUGGCGGUCAUGCGCAGAAUGGUUUUCCUGGAAAGGCUUUGGAUUUGUACCUUUUGAUGAGAGAUUCUGGCUUGGAUCCUGAUUGCUUUACAAUUGGUAGUCUUCUUUUGGCUUGUGCUCGACUGAAAUCCCUGUCUUAUGGGAAAGAGAUUCAUGGUUUUAUGAUCCGUAAUGGUUUCGAACUCGAUGAAUUCAUUGGGAUAUCGAUAGUGUCGCUUUAUGUUCAAUGUGGGAAAAUGUUACAAGCAAAACUGUUUUUUGAUGAUAUGGAAGAGAAAAGUUUGGUGUGCUGGAAUACUGUUAUAACUGGCUCUUCACAGAACAAGCUCCCUUGCGACGCCCUUGAUAUGUUUCGUCAAAUGCUUUCAAGUAAGGUUUGGCCUGAUGAGAUUUCCAUAAUGGGUGCUUUGGGAGCUUGUUCGCAGGUGUCGGCGUUGCGACUGGGUAAAGAACUUCACUGCUUUGCAAUGAAAGCUCAUCUCACAAGAGACAACUUUGUUACUUGUUCGUUGAUAGACAUGUAUGCAAAAUGUGGAUGCAUAGAACAAUCUCAGAACAUUUUUGACAGCGUAAAUCAGAAAGACAAUGUGUUAUGGAACGUUUUAAUUGCAGGAUAUGGAAUUAAUGGUCAUGGACCGAAGGCUAUAGAGCUAUUUAAGUCAAUGCAAAGUGCGGGCUGCAGACCAGAUUCUAUCACGUUUAUAGGAUUGUUAACGGCUUGUAACCAUGCAGGUUUAGUAGCAGAAGGGUUAGAAUAUCUUGCUCAGAUGCAGAGUUUGUUUGGUAUAAAGCCAAAACUAGAGCAUUAUGCAUGUGUUGUUGAUAUGCUUGGUCGUGCAGGACGAUUGAAUGAAGCUAUGAAGCUUGUGAACGAGCUUCCAGACAAACCCGAUUCCGGGAUUUGGAUUUCGUUGCUCAGUUCUUGUAGAAAUUACGGUGAUUUGGAUAUUGGAGAGGAAGUUGCUAAAAAGUUAUUAGAAUUGGGACCAGGCAAACCUAAGAAUUAUGUAUUGAUAUCAAACUUGUAUGCUAGAUUAGGAAAAUGGGAUGAGGUGAGAAAAGUGAGGCAGAGAAUGAAGGAUAUUGGCCUUCAGAAAGAUGCAGGCUGUAGUUGGAUUGAAAUAGGAGGAAAGGUUUAUAGAUUUCUUGCUGGUGAUGAAUCUCUUUUGGAAUGA